AUGGCAACAUCACCCAGGACAAGGAUAGCAGGCGAUAUUUCGCCCAAACCUGACAGUCCUUUUGCUCAUAGCCGAAAGUCCAGUGGGGGAAAGCGAGUGCUGUCAUCAUCAACUGAUUCAGGCGAGCCCAAGCCGUUCGUGGGCCAAAUUACACCGAGUCAUCACAGAACCAAGAGCGACGCAAUUUCCUUCUCGAAGCGCGGAAAUAAAAGCUCGAUAUACUCGUUAGGAAAUGCAGACGAUACUCCAGAAUACAAGACGGUUUCCACUCAUGUUCCCCCCACGUUUUUGCCGACUCCAUUGGCCGAACUACAGAAUGUGAUUAACCCUGAUAGAAAACACCCCGUUGCACAGAAACCCUCUCUAAGUAAACACAGUCGAGACCCGAGGAAAUACAGCAAGAUUAUUGGAGGAUACCAGACGCGAGUUUCCUUUGAUACGGUGAAUCUCGAAGUUUGUGGGGAUCUUUCUGACGACGACGACUCUGAUGAUGAAUACUCCAGAUCGUCACUUGGCAAAGAUUUCUUGACCACAGGAGGAUGGGGACCUUCCACGGGAAGACCGCCAGUCCCUACUACUCAGUUGACUAGGGGAAGAUCGCUUUCUCCAUUACCGCCAGCAGCAAGAUCAUUGUCGCCAUUGCAGUCGCCAGAGCGGAGCUUUUCGCCUUCUUCGCGGUCUCUUUCGCCCAGAGGAAGGUCUUUGCGCGUAGACUUAAGUCCGCAACGUGGGUAUCGUCGUGAUUACCCAACAAGUCCGAUAAUAACUCACGACUCAUGCACCUUGACAAAAGUGCAUAAGGAUUUCGACCAUCUAUACAAGGGCCCAAUGGCCAAGAAGCCAGCCACUUUGCCCAGCAGAACCGUAAUGGUAUAUGUAAGUGGCAGACAGCACACGUGGGUGGCUCUGGACUGGGCAGUGAGAAAAUUGCUGCAAGAUGGCGAUACCUUGGUGGUAAUUGCCUCUGUAUCUCCCAAUAGACGAAGUGCAAGAAGGGUAUCCAUGGGUAGUCGAGGCCAAUCCAGAACCAGAAAUGUUAUACCGACGAAACGCAGUGAAGCAGAGCUGAGAAAGAGCCCCAAUUACGUGAAUGUUCUGGCAGAAAACAUCAUGAAGUACAUUCUGGCUGUCAUGAGCUCGAAGCUGAUACUAAAGAUUACCAUCGAGCUCAGUGUCGGAAAUACCAAGGACGUUCUCAAAGACAUGUACCAGCUGUAUUUGCCCGGACUCGUUGUUUGCUCUGCUUUACCACCCAAAUCCUAUGCUCUCAGAUCUUGGAAUACCUCAAGGAUCACCGACAGACUAGUGAAAAAUUUCCCCGUGCCCUUGAUUAUCGUUCCGGCCGCAAAUAUGGGAGCCUUCGAGAAAAAACUAUUUGGACAUUUGCAGAAAAAAAUGUCGAACUAUGAAAACUACGACAGCGACGCGGACCCCGAAUUUGAGGGAGAUGCACUAGAUGAAAGCAAAGUCGCGUUCUCUAUUCUUAGACACUUUAUGAAUGAUGGACCCUCCAGCAGUGAUGAUGAAUCAGAUGGUGGUUACGAGAGUGAGCAGUCCUACGAUACCAUGGACAGCAUUGAAUUGGUCCGCGAAACGGUCCAGGAAUCCGAGAAGAAACUACAGGAUGACUUGAUGAAUAUUAGAACCAAGCCAUUGGACAAGAACACUUUCAAGGAUACCUUGGCCGCUAUCUCGGCUGCCGGGUACACAAUUGGAAUGAAGAUGGCAGAAACUGCAAAGGCAGGUGGAGCUGGGGCUGAUCUGGUUAGAAGCAUCACAGAUGCUCCAGACAUGUCUGUGAUGAAACCGAAGAAGUCCAUGUUACUAGACGAUCCUCCACAGAUAAAUAUCACCACCUCGGGAUCUGCUUCUUUCAAGCCUAGGCUGUCUCCAAAUACUAGCUACGCGGGAGUUUCUUCUUCGAGACCGAAAAGCACCUCUCUCAAGUUCCAGGAUCCUCAGUCGAGUCCAAUUAUGAAGACAUAUUCCAGAAAUCUGGAUGUUGGUGGCGGUCCUUCCAUUGAUUCCAGCAUGUCCAGCUUGAAAGUCGGCUCUCAUGCCAACCUACGUCCCACCAAGUCUCACUCUUCAGUUCCUACCGAGAAAAAAUCGUUCUUCAAGGGCUUAUUUGGUAAGAAGUAA